AUGCCGAAUGGAGAUGGUGGGUAUUUCUUUGCCCGGCACCGGAGCCUACCCGAGGAAGAGAGGCAGAAGCGUGAAGACAGAACAGAUUUCUUUCAGAGAGCGGCGAAGAUCCUAAAGAAGUUCAAUCCACUGAGCGAUGAUUUCACACAGCAAACCUUGUACUUUCUCCAGCAACAAUUCAACAACAUCCGUUGGAUGUUGCAAGAGACCGCAAUUCCCCUCGAUGUCGACGAUGGCAUUCUUGAUGCCAAUGUUUCUACAGGAGCCUUGCGAGCCCUUUUCCUGGCCAAUUAUUACCUUUGUGUGGUCCCUUUGAAGGUGCAAUUUCUGCGGCUGGAUGAAUUCAGACCGGUGCAGCCCACUCGAGAGGAGCUAUAUCAGGAGGUUUGGCAUGAAGAGCAUCAGUUGCUACAGGAAUUGCGCUUCUGGGCCAAGGACUUCGGGAAGUCGCGAGGAAAACAUCGACGCUUCGCACCGCAUUCCCUGUGUCAAAGUGGAUGGUGGAAGGCACCGGCACUCGCAGAUUGCAGUGAGCAUUUGCUGACAGCUUUGCGCACCUGGGACGUGUUGCCAGGUGACCAGGUCCCAGAUCUUCUUCCACGUGCUGUCUGUACCUCCUCGGCCAUGCUGGAGGAAACGGCCAUGGAACAUUUGAUGUGGAGCCAUUGUGUCGCAGAUGAUAUGCAGUAUCAUGUGACCUGUGCAUACAACCAGCUCUACACCAAGCGAGAUCUGGAUGAGGCAGCGGCGCACUUACAAGUGGCAUCUCUGGUUGCCAUGCUCUGUGAUGGCUGCAGGGUGGAUGGUCAAGGAUUUUCAUCUGUGGCUUUGGAUGAACUGCUUUGGCGCUUUGGACUCUUGGUCCUUGAAGCCUUGCAGCUGAAAGACAUGGACUGGGAGGAGGACCCACAGAGGUAUGCCUGGGCUGCUGGCACAGUGUCCUCGUCUCCUCCUCGCACUGCCUGGCGUGGCCACGAGCCGUUGCAAGCGAUACUCUUUGGACGCUCCAAGUGCCAGGCGGUGCUGAGACCCCCGCUCUGCAUCCAAGAGAAUACCAUCAGAACGGGUGACUUUGUAGCUGACUAUGACUUGGUCACAGAGCGCUUACCCACUUGCCAUUAUGAGAGGCAAAAGGCAACAAGCACAGGGCUACAGCUGAAACCCAUGGAGCUCAAGGAUGCCCAAGACGCUCUGGCCGGAACUGGGCCGGCCAGGUGUUCGGUGGCUCCGCUCGACACGAUUUUGCUGCUGCUUCCUGUGUACCCGAAGAUGAUGGGGCACCUUACCAGUGAAAUGAUCUGGUUGACUGGUGCAUUGGCAUGGUUCUCUGGACCAACCGGGAGGAAGUUGCUGAGAGCUUUAUGGCAAGCAGCUGGUGAGUAUCCGCACAUGGGCCUGCCUCCCGAAGGCCUCUUGCGGAACACCACAGAGGUUCUUUUGGUGCCUUCACCAGGACGAUAUGCGGACCCUGAGCAACUGCUGCUGAAGGACUUGUUUUCCCUUUUGAGCUCCAGACCCAUUCGAAGUUUGCUCCCGAACAAGGAUGGCUGCCGUUGCUACCGCAGGGGUGCCGUUUGGGGAUACCUGGAAGCGCCCUUUUCAGGGCCCGGUGAUUUCACCUUUCCAGACUCUGUUGCCAUGAGAACUGCCAUGGUGAGACACCUGAAGCUGGUGCCACCUGGGAGACAUGCGAGAAAUGCUAUUGGUGUUCUGCUGGUGGAGCGCUGCAAGGAUACUGUGGGUUGCAAGCGUAGCAUCAGCAACCUGAACCGUGUGACGUCGGCCAUUUCCCAGUUGGAAGAUGUGAAGUUGCAACAUGUCAGGCUACAAGAGUUGCCUCUGCUGGAACAGGUUCGGCUCAUACUCGAAACUCAGGUCUUAUUGGCCACCUUUGGAGCGACCUUAGCAUGGCUCCCCUUGCUGCGAAGCAACUCCUUCGUUAUCGACAUGCACCCAGGGCCACCCGAGGCCUUGACGCUCUUUGGCAGUUGUUGGACCGCGCCUCCAGCCGUGGUCCCCGUUGCAGCAACAGCGGCAUCAUGGGACGUGAACCCCAGAAGUGAGUUCGGUGGAUGGGCCAGAACUGCGCAUGUGAACUAUGCCUGCUCAUCUGUCUGGUCGUUUGAGGUGAAUGUCUCGGAGAUCGUGGCGUUGGUCAACGUCAUGGCCCAUCUGGGCCCAUCUGUCACCAUGGCACCGGAUAGCGGUGAUAUGCUGAUCAUAUCUCUGUCACCUGUUGAAGUCUUCCAGCAGGUCCUGUUUCUUGAGAGGCUCCAACUUGACGAAGUUCGACGUCGUGGCCGUAGGGCCAUAGGCAACUGCUUGAACAGGCAACAGCAAUGUGCCCUGUGUUCUUGCCUAAAGGCACUGUACUCGGACUCCAAGAUCAAGGAGAAUGUGGAAGAUGCAGAUUUGCAGACCCUCAUGCAGCAGAUCAAGCACAUCCGCAUUCGAGAGUUUGAUCAUGGAGAGGAAGAAUUCUUCAACAAGUUCUUUUCCAGACGACAGCUAGGCAUCAUGGCUCAUGAGCUCCAACCGGUGAUGCCCACGGCAGUCGGUGUGCUUCCAGAGAGAAGAUGGACGAAUCCCAAGGGUGUCACCAACCAGACGAAAAAUGUCAUGCUGGUUCGAGAUACACACCUGCUCUUUGCGACCUUGGGGGCGGUCCAGUUACUGGCCAAGAAGGCGGAUGUCUGGGACGAAGGCAUUGAGCAACUUUUCAAGGACAACAGUGCUAUUGUCGCAGAACAAGAUGACAACAGGCGCAAGCGCGAGGAGCUUUUGGAGCAACUUGUGCGGGUGGUUGCCAAAGUAGAGGUGAUGCAAUUCGGCUUCGCCAAGACAGAAGAGUCGGUUGCUCGAGUGGAGGGUGCCAUGACGCAUCACAAACAAGUGCAACAGGAACGCCACGAUCAACUGCUUUUGAGUGUAGAUAUGCUGACCAACAAGUCCCUAGAACAGGACAUGAACAUUGCGACCUUCCAGGAGGCCUUCCGCCAGGCCGUCGACCGGGAAGCCCGUGCGGAUCUGGUGGAGAAGCGCAAGCAGACGGAGGCCGAACUGGAGGUGCAACUGGUCAAGCGGAGUAUAGAGAAGCUCAGGUGGGAGGAGGAGCAGAAGACGAUCACACUCCGUGGAGAGGAAGAUCGCAAAAAAGACGAAUAUUCAACGCAGAAGCAUCACGAGCGAGUUGCUUUUGAGACAGCGCAGAAGAAGGCUGCUGAUCUCGAAGUUCUCAACCAACAGGAGGAGUCCAACCUCCGGCAGCAAGCGCAGAAGCAUAAGGAUGAGAAGGAACUUCUGGAGCUGCGUUUGAAGUCUGACGAACGUCGCGCAGAGUUGGGGGUUCAGGAGGCCAUUGAAAGGGCCAAGAUCGAGGAGGAAGGUAAGAUCAAAGCUGCUCGAGAAAACGAGGAUGUGAACACUCGCCUAAUGCAAGCGGAACAAGCAGAGAAGCGAGCGCAGAUGCUGGCGGCGAUACAGGCCACUGCCACGGUGGCAUCUGAUUGGGUGCACGCCGUUUUUAGUUCAGCCACCAACUUGGCUUUGUUGAUUGGCUCCAUCGUGACCUGCCUGGGAGGUAUCUACCUGGUCAGAGAGAUGGCCAUUCUGUUGAGGGAGCAGCUCAACAAGCGAUUGGGAAGGCCAUCACUGGUGCGUAUGACCAACCGUAGGGGCACAAUGCAACAAGUUGGCAUUGGCAUCCUUAGAUUGUUGAGACUACGACCGCCGAGAGGAGCCGAGUUCAAUGACGUUGUGCUUCAUCCGAAGCUGCGGCAGCAGGUGAUGCGCUUGGCAGAUGCAACGUCUUCUGCCAAAAGACGACGCAUGCCGCUGCAGCACGCCAUGUUCUACGGUCCACCCGGAACGGGGAAGACCAUGGUAGCUCAGCGCUUCGCUGAGUACUCAGGAGCCGUGAUGGCGACCAUGGAGGAGAUCGUGGCGCAGAUCCAGACGUUGCGGCAGGAGCUGCAGGAGAGCCGAAGGAGAGAAGAGGACCUGAAUACCAGACUCCAGGCAGUGCAAGCUUCAGGAGCGGUUCAGGCAACUUUGGAGGAGAUGGUGAACACGCAGAAGGCCAUCUUGGAAGCAUCUAAGAAGCCUGACAGGAAAUUGACUUUGGUAGACAACCGCGGGUUGGCAAAACCAAACAACUAUGAUGGAAGUGCGGAUUUCUUGCAAUGGAAGAUCCGACUUGAGGCGUUUGUGGAGUCAGUCCAUGACGACUUUGGGAAAGCUAUGGCUUGGGCGGAAGAUGAGACCGACCCAAUCAGCACCUCUUCAAUGUCAGCCGAGUUUGGAGACGUCAAUCCUGCUCAGGAGACAAUUCCAGACUUGGAAGCCAAGGAUGCGCAGCUUUACGCAGUCCUUCAGACGCUCUGCGAGAAGGAAGCGUUCACGCUGGUUAGAAGCUCAGGGAAAGGAAAGGGCUUAGAGGCUUGGAGGAGACUUUGCAAGAGGUAUGACCCGUCGACAGGAGGACGCCGACGAGCGUUGCUCCGUAGCGUGCUCAGUCCUAACCGUUGUGGCAAGGUGGAAGAGUUGAGCGCAGCGGUCGAAAUUUGGGAAGACCAGGUUAGACAAUACGAGACUCGACGCAAAACUGAUGGCACCAGGCCAACGUUGGAUGAAGACAUAAAGAUAUCGAUCUUAGAGUCGAUUUGUCCGGUUGAGGUUGAAAGGCAUCUUCAACUUAAUCAGGCACGAUUUGCCGAUUACCAGGAGGUACGCAAAGAAUUGUCGACCUACUUGGAAACGAGGAUCGGGCUGAAACUCAAGGCAGGUUCAUACGUUGACACCGGAGGAGUCCAGCCGAUGGACAUUGGAGCCUUCGGUAACGACAAAGCCAAGAAGGUUUGUCACAACUGCGGAAAGCCAGGUCACUUCAAGUCCGACUGCUGGGCACCAGGUGGAGGAAAAGCUUCUUCGCAGGGAAAGUCUGGUAAGCAAGGAAAAGGGCAGAAAGGCGGUCAGCAGUCCAACUCAGGUGGAAAGAAAGGAUCUCCAAAGGGAUCGAAAGGAGGAAGCAAAGGAGGUGGAAAGACCACCAAAGGCAAAGACAAAGGCAAAGGAAAGAACAACAAAGGUAAAGGAAAAGCUAUGGGCAAUGUUGAGGCUGAGAAGGAACCAGAAGCUGAGGAGCAGGCCGGGUCUUGGGAUGCCAGUGGAUGGGAAGGUCAUGAUGAAUCCGGUUGGAACAACUGGACUGAAGGCGGUCAGGGCUCAAGCCUGGAGGGUAAUUACCUUUCUCUAGGCGCGUUGCACCGUCCCGCCAUGGUGACCAAGCGGCAUAGCGAUUCCGAGAGCCGCUCGGGACUUGCUGACAGCUUGGUUGCAGCACUAAGGAACCUCCCACGUGGCACAGAUGCCGGGUUGCGAGACUCUGGAACUGGUUCUUCCGGAGAUCGCUCGGUCGAUAUGAUGAUGAGGUUGAUCGACGAGAACUACAGGCUGCGUGACCAGCUGAGGGCCCAAGGUGACCAAGAGCAGAGAAGCUCAGAACGUGACAGGAGCCGUCGAAGACGUUCCUCACCCCAAAGGGAACCAGAGCCCGAAGAGAGAUCCCGUGACAGGUCAAGGCGCAAGCGGCAUGACUCCAGGCCGAAGCGCGAUCGUGAUGAUGACCGACAUGGGAGACGCAGGGCCAGAAGUGAAAGCAGCGGCAGGAACAGGGAGUUGGUUGACAGAACGGCCACUCCGAAGAAUGCCGCAAGGCGCAAGAGCGAGACUCCAGCGGCCAGUGACAGAACAGUCAGCCGAACCCCAAGGGGUAGCGUUGGCGACUACUUGAAGAGUAAGGCCGAAGCCAGAAGGGCUGGUGAGGCAAGAUCUCCGGCCGCUUCGGUUGGAGACUUGCCGCCCGGCAUGAGGACACCCAGAAGUCCUCCCGGGCCACCUCCGCACAAGCGGAAGAAGCUCGAGAUCAAGCCAGAGAAGAAGAACGAGGUCGAGCCGGAGGAGCGCACCGACGCCAAGAACACGAAGCCUAAAAGUGAAGGGGCGCCAGCUAUCAAGGCGAAGCCAAAGCCCAAGACGAACUCAGGGCUCACCAGCGGUUCACUCUCGGUGCUUCGUGGCACGCUUGCCACACAGCUGAUGCUGGAUGCCGAGAAGACCAAUGACCCCGAGUUGAAGAGGGAACUUGAGCGCCAGAAGAACGAGCUGCAGCAGCGUGCACCGAGAAGGUCAGUGGCAAUCACGGCGGACAACCUCAAUGACCAGUCAUUCCAUGAUUCCAGGUACUAUGCGGAUGUCGCGUCUGGCAAGGCGCACCACAUCGCUUGGAAGAACGAGAAAGGCCGCCGUAGAGCCAUCUUAGACCGUAAAGAUGGUGUCAUUGACCGCGCCAGGGAGCGCAUGCGCCUGGAUGCGGAAUGGCAUGAAGAGCACGCUCAGCUGAACUCAGGUUCCAAGAAGCAAGAUGUGGAAGGUCUUAAGGCCGAUGUGGAGACCGAGAUCAUCGACGAGAGGGAGCGCGACAAGGAUAAGCCCCUGGAACCUCAGAAGGAAGCUGUGGCUUUGAGCCGCCGGGAGAAGGAAUCCUUCCGGCAGUUUCCCAAGGACGAGCAAGAGACCUUGGAUAAGCCCACAAAGAGGAAGGAACAAGGGCCGAGAAUCAGAGGGCCCGACUACUACCGUCGGAAGAAUGCCGCCCGACGUGAAAGACAGAAGGCCGAGAAGGCCGAGCAACGAGCAAAGGAAAAGGAAGGUCGAGACCGUGACCGACGACACGGAUGGGAUCCGGAAGAAGAUGAAGACGAUGGUGGUGGUGACACUGAGAGUAACAGCAACUACCUCAGUUCGCUCUUGGCUCCUCUGGGUGGAUCGCCUGGAGAGCCACACGUGGUGGAAGAGCGUGAUGGAUGGAGGAAGAUUGAAGUGAAUCUGGACACGGGAGCCGCUGCGACGGCGAUCCCGACAGACUUGAACCUGGAUGGACAUGCCAGGACCCCACCGCAGGACGUCAACUACAAGACGGCGUCAGCGGAGUGCCUUGCUGACGAAGGUGGUGUAGUGCUCAAGGGCACAGAUGUCUACGGAAGUGCCAAGGUGUUGGAAGGGCGUGUGACAGGAGUCCACCGCACUUUGGCGUCAGGCGCAAAGGUUGCGCGACAUCACUAUAUGGCGCUGGGAGCACAUGGAGGUCAACUCAUUCCCAGGAACUCCCAGGCUGGAAAGGAAUAUGCAGCCUUCAUGGAGAAGCUGCACAAGAAGCACAAUUGCAUGCUCUUUUCACGGGCCUCCCGAACGGGUGUAAGUCCGGAGCUGCAGCCACUGGACGAUGAAGGUGCUCCAGCCGCAUCGGCAGGAGACCUUGGUGGCGAUGAGGCCGCAGAAGACGGCCACCAGUCUUCAGAAGAGAUUGGAGAAGAACAGAGGCAGGUGAUCGUGAAGCGGUCCCCGGCAGAUCCUACCGACCGAGAAAUACAGGAGCACCGUGCUGCUGGGCACGUUGUUCACCGAAGCUGGUGUCUUCACUGCCAGAGGGCUCGGGUAACGGGCCAACGCCACAGAAGCGGUGACCCAGCUCGGGAUGAGGAUGGUAGGAUGCCGUAUGUUUCACUAGAUUACUUUUACUUGAAUUCAGGGCAGGAAAAGAGUGACGCUGAUGGCAUUUUGCCUUGCUUGGUUGUGAAGUGUCACAAAACUGGGCGCUAUUGGGCAAAUGUAGUUCCAUCAAAGGGUGCAGAAUUGUUCGCAGUUGAAUGGUUGAAGUCUUGCCUCAAUGAAACAGGUUUCAAAGAACUAUGCCUGAAGAGCGACAACGAGCCGGCGAUCAUGGCUUUGAAGAAUAAAGUGAAGGAGGAAAGCAGGUUAAAGAUUCAUCUUGCUGAGGCGCCGGUGGAGGAUCACCAGGCGAACGGCUUCAUUGAGGUCGCAGUAAGAGAAGUGAAGAGACAGGUCAGGGCGAUGCUGUCUGACCUUCAGGAAAGGCUUGGGUUCGAGGUGGAACCGAGCCAAGACCCCCAAGAGACGGACGACGUCAUGACCUCGCACCAAGAGUGUCCAUGGGAAUGUUCGUGGGCACAGGCUGGCGAGGUUCGAGUUGACUUGCCAGUGGUUGUCGGGCCGUUGAGCCGACCACCAGCUGAAGAAGUGAUUCCACGGAAUCUUUAUGUGACGAAGAGCGACAUCGAGAAGUACGGUCGGACCCCGUUGUGUCCGGGAUGUGAGGCGCAGUUGCUUGAGACAGGGCGCAGGGCCCACAAUGCCGAGUGCAGGUUCAGAAUCGAAGGUGAGCUCAUGAAGUCCGAAGAAGGGAAGAAAAGGAUUGAAGCAGCAAAGGCAAGAAUAGAAUCAGGGCGUCGCCCCAAAGCUCCUAGAGUCGGAGGAGGGGCAGACGAAUCAGAGGUUGUGGAAGCUGCCAACGUUCCUGCGUUGGUAGGCAUUCCAGAGCCUGAUGCCGAAAUGGCCUCGGGAGAAGCUGUUGGAGAACCAUUGGAACGAGUCGCACCCCGCGAGCUUGAGGAACGAGAAGAAGAGCCAAGAAGCCCAAAGAAGCACAAGUCCGGCGCCAGUCGGACAAAGAGAAGCCCAGAAGCAGAUGUUGAGGAGUUGCAUCAACAGAUGCAAGAAGAAGUUCCAGCAGAAGGAGCAGCUGAGUCGGGACCAAUUCCGGCUGCCGGGAGCAAUGACCCCCGGCCACACAUGCCGCCAGUCGCACCUCCAGAUGCUUCACCAGGAGGAGACGACAUGGUAGACAUCGGACAUCUGUCCAUGUGUCUUUGUUCAGUUUUGAGGGAAGCCCGGAAGAAAGGCAAUGUGCAGAAGACUGUUUCAGAGAUCUUUUCACCCCCAAGAGUUUCAGCGCAAGCUCAAUUGGUCGGUUUGCGACCUGGAUUCGCAAUCGAUCUCGAAACAAAGAGAGAGGAUGGAGAUCAUUGGGAUCUCAGCAAGGAUUCACACAUUGAAGACCUUUUUACGCUUUUGGACAAGGAGAAACCCAAACUUUUAGGUGGUUCACCGCCAUGUGGACCAUUCUCGCAACUUCAGAACCUUGUUGACGCCAGGAACCAAGUCCCCGCGUCAGUUAGGUCAAAGAGACUUCAAGAAGGUAAGAAGCACCUGAGAACCUCAGUGCGUGCUUACCGCGCACAGAUGGACGCAGGUCGUUACUUUCUUCACGAGCACCCAAAGGGCGCACGAAGUUGGGAAGAGCCAGAAGUUGAAGAACUACGCAAAGAUCCCCGCGUAUACGAAGUCACAGGACCUAUGUGUCGUUGGAAGAUGGAAUCCUCCGAUGCAUGGGGCAAAGGCCUAGUCAAGAAGGAAGCCAGGUGGUUGACCAAUUCGCGACACAUCGCGGCGAUACUAUCUGGUGUUUGUUCGAAUGUUGAAGGAAAGACUUGGCAUAGACAUGUGAACCUCAUCAACGGCAGGGCGAGAUCAGCACAGGUAUAUCCCCCACUGUUGGUUCGAGGAAUACUGGAAGCUCUUAGAAAUCAACUGGCUGAAGACGGUGAAUUCAGUCAAGCUUUGAAUUCCCUCGGUGCUGGGCCAGUACCAGAUGCUGUUCCAGUCAUCGACGAGGAACAAGAAGUUUACGACAGUUUACCUCCCGCCGAUUUGCCAGUCGCAGGACCAGUCUAUGAUUCCAACACCGGAGCGGAGUUGGAUCUAGCUAAGGUAGCAGCUGCGAGACGCGAAGAACUGGAUUGGGUGCAGAAGCAAUGCAUCUAUAAGAAGGUGCCUGCAGAACAGGCACGCGCUGCUGGGAAAGUUCCCAUCACAAUGAAAUGGGUCGAUCGCAACAAGGGCGACCUGGACAGACCAAACUACAGGUCUCGGAUCGUCUGUCGCGAGAUCAAACGAUCCAAGAAUGCGGACUACAUCCCAGAGCAUGCAAGCUUUAGUGCAAUGCCGCCACUUGAGGCUCUGAAGAUGUUACUGUCACUCAUGGUAACUCUCCGAACCUCAAAGCGCAAUCGAAAACCUCUCAAGUUACGCCUACUGGAUAUCUCCAGGGCGCAUUUCUACGGACAUGCGCAACGAGAAAUCUUUGUGACUCUUCCAGAAGGUGAUCAAGAAGAAGGUAUGGCGGGACUGCUGCUGAAAAGCAUGUAUGGGACGCGCGAUGCCGCCCAUAUCUGGCAGCAAUCCUAUACAGAUGUGCUGCUUGCAGCAGGGUUCAAAAGAUCCGCUGCAUGGCCAGCAAUCUUCUUUCACGAACGCUUGGAAGCAAGGCUGCUAGUCCAUGGAGAUGACUUCGUCGUUCUGGGCGAUGACGCAGCGCAGGAGUUUGUGGAGAAAGCACUAAGAGAAAAGUACGAUCUUCGUGUCGAUGGAAGCAUUGGCGUAGGAGAGGCAAAGCAGGAGUUUUGUGUCUUGAACCGUCUCGUACGUUUCGACGAGCGGUCAGGAUCAAUCUUCUACGAGCCAGAUCCACGUCACGCCGAGAUCUUGCUCAAGGAUUUAGGCAUGGAGACGUGCAAGCCAGUCAAGAGCCCAAACGAAAAGCUAACUGCAGAAGCGCUAGCCAAAAGGUUAGAACUGGAUGUGGUUGAUCCGCACAGGAUCAGUCAAUAUCGUUCGCUCACUAUGCGAGCAGCGUUCUUAGCCCAAGACCGUCCUGAUUUGUCAGAGACAGUCAAGUGCCUCGCACGAAAGAUGCAAGGACCCACCGAAGCUGAUUUCGGUGACCUGAAGCGUCUAGCUAGGUAUUUGAAGGGCAAUAUGCGAAUGGUGCAGAAGUUCACUCCGCAGAAGUUCAGCAAUGUUGUGUCAGUUCAUGCUGACUCGGACUUCGCAGGCUGUCUUCUCACUCGGAAGAGUACUACAGGUCUAGUCUGUUACUAUGGGCGACACACUUUGCGCCACUCGAGUAACCUACAGUCCACAGUCAGUCUUUCAUCAGGAGAAAGCGAAUACUAUGCCUUGGUCAAGGCAGUGGCUUCCGGAAUGGCAACCCAGGAGCUACUUAGAAGCUGGGGCAUUAACGUGAAUCUCCAGGUGUACACUGACUCAGCUGCAGCACUUGGAACGUGCAAUCGGCUUGGACUUGGGAAAUCGAGACACAUACAGACCAGAUACCUCUGGAUUCAGGAGAAGUUGGCCGAGCGAUCGUUCGAGCUGAUCAAGAUCGACACCAAGCUGAAUACCGCCGACAUCUGUACCAAAGCAUUGGCAAGCGAAGCUGCAGAACGACAUCUGAAGGCAAUGGGUUUCGAAGUAGUUCAAGGUCUUGAGUAUGCCAUCAUGUCGGGUGGCGAUGUAGCACCACUCGAAGAGCAAGCGGUCACCGAGCUGCACAAGCUCUUCAGGUGGGUUCAUAGAAGCAGCAGAGGAGUGCUCCUCUUUAUCGAUGAGGCCGAUGCAUUUUUGGCAUCAAGAAAAAACUCAGGUAUGAGUGAGACGAUGAGAAAUGCUCUUACCACGAUGCUGUACCACACAGGCACACCAUCUUCCCAGUUCAUGCUGGUCAUUGCAACCAACAGACCGCACGAUCUAGACAGUGCCAUUCUGGACCGCUUGGACGAGAGCGUGGAGUUUGGUUUGCCUGACCUAGAUGCCAGAAAGGGCAUGGUCCAGCUGUACUAUGACAAAUACAUAGCAAAGCCGCUGAGACUACCUACUGUCAGUGCGACCACAACCAUGCUGCGGAAGCCUCCGGUUCAAGUCAAUGGCUUUCGAAGUCGGCUUCCAGGUAGUCUGAGGCCACAAAUACCCAGGGAAGAGGAGGUGGAUGAAGCUGCGAUGGCUGUUGUGGCUGAGAGGAUUAACGGGUUCAGUGGCCGAGAAAUCUCGAAACUCUUUACCUCGCUUCAGACGCAUGUCCUCUACAGCGAUAGAGCGCAUGGAAGAGCGAUAUGCACCAAGUCGAUGUUGCUGGAGGUAGUUGACCAGAAGGUCGCGGAACAUGGCCGGAGUCAUGAAUUCCAGACCACUGGCUAUGAGUACCGCCAUGCGGACAGCCACGGUGCUUAUGGCGCACAUGGCGCCCACCGUGCUCCGGAGCGGGGUGCUCAUGAGAUGAAUGGCACCGUUUUGUCCAAGGGCGCGCCUUAGAGGACAUCACAUAGUCGUGGUCUGAUGCUGCAGCAAUGACUCUAUGCUGUGUACAUAGACACUUGUGAAUAAUAAACUUGAUAAACGC